UGGUCAUAUACGAAUCUAUAUCUAUCUAACAAAGGCAAACAGUUCCUUGUGUCUCGCUUUCAUGCGAAGAAGCAUCAUUACCAAACACGAAAGAUCUGCCACCAGCAUCUGACAGUUCACGAUCUAACCACUAUUCUAUAUUUUCCACAGUUUGCGAAUAUCAGACAAAGUUCAUGUCUUUCUUCCAAGUGAGGCUGUGUGGUCUGGAUCUUUAUCUUCAUAUCUGUCUCCUCUUUGUUUUUUCCCUUCGUUUUCUUGUGGUUGUUUUUCUUCAUCGAUUUCAUUAAACUGGGUGCCUUAAUUGCUUCAAAGAGCAUAUGGGCUGUAAAAGACAAUAACUGGCUUCCUGGACAGCAUUUUCUUGAACCCACAGGUCAAAUUGAGUGCAAGUUCUCUGCAGCAGCAGUCAGCAAAUUCAUUAAGGACGAGCGAAAAUAAUUGUGCUAUUGAUCUAAAAUGGAUUCGAUAGUGCUUGGUUCGUUUUUCUUUCUCUUCUUUGGACUGUUUUCGAGCGGCUAUAGUAGGAAUGCCAUUUCAAGACCUGCUGUUGUGAGUAUUGGGGCCAUUUUUACAUUAGAUUCUACAAUCGGAAGAGUAGCCAAGGUUGCCAUUGAGGAAGCUGUCAAAGAUGUAAAUGCAAAUUCUAGCAUUCUACAUGGAACCAGACUUGCUCUCCAUAUUCAGAAUUCCAACUGCAGUGGGUUUUCGGGAAUGGUUGAAGCUUUGCGAUUCAUGGAGACUGAUGUUGUCGCCAUUCUAGGGCCACAAUCUUCUGUAGUUGCUCAUACUAUAUCUCAUGUUGUAAAUGAACUCCAAGUUCCUCUAUUAUCAUUUGCAGCAACGGAUCCCACUCUCACCUCACUCCAAUUCCCCUUUUUCGUUAGGACAACACAGAGUGAUUUAUACCAAAUGGCUGCAAUAGCUGAGAUUGUUGAUCAUUAUAGUUGGAAGCAGGUGAUUGCAAUUUUUAUAGAUGAUCAUUUUGGAAGGAAUGGGAUAUUAGCUCUAAGUGACAAACUUGCUGUGAGGCGGUGUAGAAUCUCUUACAAGGUGGGGAUUGAACCAGAAGCUGAAGUGAAUAAGGGAAAUAUCAUGGAUAUUCUUGUUAAAGUUGCAUUGAUGGAAUCUCGAGUUAUUAUUCUUCAUCUAAAUUCUAAGUUGGGUUUUACAGUAUUUUCUGUAGCAAAGUACCUUGGGAUGAUGGGCAAUGGGUAUGUAUGGAUAGCCACAGAUUGGCUCUCAUCUUUUUUAGAUACUUUUUCACCUCUACCUUCUGAGACGAUGGACACAAUGCAAGGAGUUCUUGCUUUGCGUCAGCACACACCGCAGUCGGAUAGAAAAAGGUCCUUUUCCUCUGCCUGGAGCAAGUUAACUGGUGGUUCUUUUGGGCUGAAUUCUUAUGGGCUUUAUGCUUAUGAUUCUGUCUGGCUGAUUGCUCAUGCUAUUGAUGCAUUUCUUGACCAGGGUGGCAUUAUCUCAUUUUCUAAUGAUUCCAGGUUGCAUUCUGUAGAAGGCAGUAAUCUUCAUCUUGAUGCAAUGAGCCUCUUUAAUGAUGGAACACAUUUGCUGAAGAACAUAUUGCAGAGUGAUUUUGUUGGUUUAACAGGUCGUGUAAAGUUUGAUUCACAAAAGUCUCUGAUUCUUCCUGCUUAUGAUAUUAUUAAUGUGAUUGGAACUGGGUUUAGGCAGAUUGGUUUCUGGUCAAAUUAUUCUGGUUUAUCAAUUGUGCUUCCCGAGACACUCUAUACGAGGCCACCUAAUCGUUCAAGUGCAAACCAGCAAUUGCAGAGUGUUAUUUGGCCUGGAGAGACAUUAUUAAAACCCCGUGGAUGGGUUUUUCCUAACAACGGGAAGCAGUUGAAAAUUGGUGUGCCUAUUCGGGUUAGUUACAAGGAGUUUGUAUCACAAGUGCGAGGGACUGACAUAUUCAAAGGUUUUUGUAUAGAUGUAUUUACAGCUGCUAUAAGUUUAUUACCAUAUGCUGUUCCAUAUCAGUUUAUUCCCUAUGGAGAUGGCAAAAGAAACCCAAGCUAUACAGAGCUUGUACAAUUGAUCACAGCUGGUUCAAUUGAUGCUGUUGUUGGUGAUAUUGCUAUCGUCACAAAUAGAACAAAAAUUGUUGAUUUUACACAACCAUAUGUAUCAUCUGGAUUGGUGGUUGUGGCUCCAUUUAGGAAGUUGAAUACAGGGGCUUGGGCUUUCUUGCAACCAUUUUCUCCUCUUAUGUGGGCUGUUACUUUCUGUUUCUUUAUUGCUGUUGGUGUAGUUGUGUGGAUUUUGGAGCAUAGAACCAAUGAUGAAUUCAGGGGCCCACCUAGAAAACAGAUUAUAACCAUUUUAUGGUUCAGCCUCUCAACUCUAUUUUUUGCCCAUAAAGAAAACACUGUGAGCACCUUGGGUCGAUUUGUGCUAAUAAUAUGGCUAUUUGUGGUCUUAAUUAUAAACUCAAGCUACACUGCAAGUCUGACAUCAAUACUCACAGUGCAACAGCUAUAUUCUCCUAUUAAUGGAAUUGAAAGCUUGAAGGAAAGUGAUGAGCCCAUAGGAUACCAAGUAGGUUCUUUCGCUGAGUAUUACUUGAGUGAGGAACUUGGAAUAUCUAAAUCUAGGCUAGUAGCACUUGGCUCACCAGAAGCGUAUGCUACAGCGCUACAACGUGGCCCUAAAAAGGCCGGGGGUGUUGCUGCUAUCGUUGAUGAACUUCCUUAUGUUGAACUCUUCCUCUCAUCCCAGUGCUCAUUCAGGAUUGUAGGUCAAGAAUUUACAAAAAGUGGUUGGGGUUUUGCAUUUCCACGGGACUCUCCCUUAGCUGUUGAUAUGUCGACUGCAAUUCUAGAACUAUCAGAAAAUGGUGAUCUCCAAAGGAUCCAUGACAAGUGGCUCAUGCAUAGCGGUUGCAGUUCAGAUACAACUGAAAUCGAAUCGGAUAGGCUUGAGCUCAAAAGCUUUUGGGGCCUCUUUCUCAUUUGUGGAAUAGCUUGCUUCAUUGCUCUCUUCAUAUACUUUUUGCAGAUUAUGCGCCAAUUGGAUCAUGUUCCCCCAUCAGAAUCUGAUUCUCCUAGUCAAGGUAGCUCACGCUCUGGCCGCCUUCAUAGACUAUUAUCAUUAAUGGAUGAGAAGGAAGAUCCCUCCAAAAGCAAGAAUAAGAGAAGGAAGCUGGAAAUGUCAUUGUCUGAGAAUGAUAGAGAUGCGGAGUUGGGUAGAAAUUCCAAGAAGAAAGUAACAACAGCAAUGAUUUAAGGAGCAACAUCAAUCUCGGUUCUGCUUCAUUGAUUAGAGUAGACAGACCCUCAGUGUCUCAGUUUACAUUAUUCAACGAUCAAGCCCAAAUGUUGACUCCUUUUAGAAGGUUUAUAUGUGUUCAUAGAUCAUAUCUUUUUGUAGGAUUAUAGUACACAAGUAACAACAUAUUACGGUCUACUCAUAGAAGGAAACAUAUGUUAAAGCAUAUACCCUUUCGAUCAAAUGUAAAGUGAACACCUUAGGAAAUAUAAAUUAUUUUCAUUUGCAUUCA